CGAGUUCCUGCCGUUGGAUGCCACACGUGACCGGAAGCGUGGGCUCUGUGUACCGAGACAACGCAGACGUGGCGGGGGAUGACGGGGUGCAGGACGCUUGCCCCGUGGAGGGCCGGGGAGAUCACUCAGCGGCAAAGUAUCGGCACCAUGACAACCUGACAGCGUCGCUGUACGGGGGUUGCCUGGUGACCGGGACGGAAGCCGGCUGACGUCACCGGAAGUGACGCUCCGCCAGCAGCUGAAGACGGAGGCGCCCGCCGGACCCGGCUCUCCCGCGACAAGAUGACCCCUGCCUAUUUAGCCUUCUCCAUGCCGCAGGCACCCACAGUCGCCUCCUCUGCACUGCCACAGCACAGGGCCUCCUCAUCCACCGCACCGCCACCCACAGCCUCCUCCACGCCUCCGCUGCCCACAGCCGCCUCCGCCGCCCACAGCCUUUUCAUCCUCCGCACCAGCGACCACAGCCUCCUCCACACUGCCGCUGCUUAUUAGUUUCUUUUGUAUAUAUGUUGUCAUGGUGAUGGGAUGUGUUUGGUGACGGCCGCUGAUGCGGUUACGUCAUGUCUACUCUUCACUGCUUCCGGGACAGGACUAUGGGUGGGAUUCCUGAUCCGACCUUGCACCUGGGUGAUCGGUAUAAAGUCCCACAGACCAGCCGGCCAGACAGGCCUCAGACAAGUCAGGAUGAGGCUGGGAUUGCAGGUUCUGCUUCUGGAAGCCGACCUCCUGUAAGGCGCCCAUCACAGGGCUCGGGCCACUUACCCAGGAGGCCAAGUAAGACACGGCGUCUUGGCACGGAAUCUGCGGCUCCAUCAUCCCCACCCAGGCGACGCAUUUCGGCAGUGUCACCCCAGCCACCACUGGCACUAUUGGCGAGUUCGCAGAGUGAUGAGCCCCGAUCACCUCAGUUAUCUGAGCCCAGCUUGAUGGCCGACGUGGACCAGCAGGGACAAGACCAACAGGCAACCAUCACACUGCAACUUACACCUGUUGACCCAAGCCAGCCAAUACAGCUGCAGGAUAUCCCCCAAGCCUCCAUCAGUCCACAACUGGCACAAGCUCCGCCCCCAACCCAAAUACCAGAUGACUUUUGGGCCAGUUGGACAAGCCAACAGGCCCAAAGCAAUGCCAGCCUGACCGCACAUACACAACACCUUGCCAGUCUGCCCCAUCAUCUACCGCGCAUUAGUCGCAACUCGGGCAGACUGAUUGUACAAGUAGGGCGAAUGGCAACCUCAAUGGAGCAAAUAAGGGCUGACAACAGCCAAAUGCUUGCUCAUUUAACGCGCAUCAUAAAUGAGCAACAGCGCCAUCAGCAGGCACUCGUUCAGCUCAUUCAGCACAACCAGGUUGUGAAUGAGUCCUUAUCCCGGAUUGUAGCCAGCCACACUGCAACCAACACUCAACUGAUUGCAAGCAUUAAUAAUUUGAGCAGCAAUAUUACAUUGAUGGGAGCUCACCAAGUAACCUCCAGCUCGGGGACCACGACCCCUAUCCAAACGCCAGUAACCUCCCCUGUUCGGCGUUCCUCCAGAGCACGUGCCAGUGAGCCAGCACAAAGCACAGCACCCAGCACACACAAGCGGAAAAAAUAACCCCAAUGUGAUUUGCAAAAUAAAAAUUUGUAUUUGACAAACACACAA